AGCUUCCAACUUGCUCGGAAGCAUAGUCAUGCAGCCUCUAGGGGCAGCCGAGUAAGUGGACACUUCCGAUAGCGUGCCUGUGACUGCUUCCUGGCAAACCAUCCCUUUGCCUGGAUGCCGUUUACAAGUUUCUUCAGCGAUGCGACUGGCUCGCAGACAGUUGCGAUUUCGCUGGACAUAGCCAUGCUCUCGAUUGUCGGCUGCUGCUUAUUUAUGUUCUGCUCUGGCAUCUACAGGCUUUGUCCUGGUUGGGGACCUGUGCGAAGAUUCGACAGCGACGGCAACGAGGAGCAGCGGGCCAGAGAAAAUUUGCUGCAGAGGGAGCAUGCUCAUCGUGGGGUCUCUGCCUUUGAGACCAAAGAGUACAAGCAGCUCUAUGGCGCCAUAGGCAAGCCCACCUGGGGCACCCUGGAGGCACCUCAGGCGCAGGAGGUCUGGGUGAACGACCCUGUCUAUGGCCAAGUGAAGGUGCGAGGGAACUUCGAGGAGACUCAACGGCUACGUCGGGAGUCUACGUGGUGGGCAAAAGACGAGCGGCGUUUCAUGAAAGACGCGCACCUACGCCGCGGUGAGCUUCUCAUCAACGACCCCUCGGCAAAGCUGGCGGCGGCUGUGUGAGGCUGGGAGUGCCUCCCAAAGGCGAGGCUCGCACCUCCCAAAAUAGGCGUGGAUACGUGACGUGGAAUCUGAAC